AUGGCUGAAGCCAUCGAAGAACUGUUCUCCGGUGAUUCCGAAGAUGACAUCGAGGCAAUUAAAAACAAAAUUGAAAAAAUUAAACUGGAAAUCAUGGCCUAUGGCGAGGAAGAACACGAUUCGUUCGAUCCGGAAAGCUUGCAGAAGGUGGAAUUCAACAUUCAGAUCAACCGGGUGACGUUGAUUUUGCAGGAAAUGUUAGAAACACUGGAAACGCUUUUCUGCCUGCCAUUGAUUUGUCGUGAUCAGCAACUGAUGGAUACACACUUCAAUGCUGAUGAGCAGGAUAUUUUACGGGUUUUAUGCAAAUACAUACGUUCGAAGAACGAUGACGACAGUGUGGUACCGAGCGUGGUUAACAUGGAAGACUUCAAAUUUCCCACCACUAAGUUCAUCGAGCUAGUUGAAAUGGUUUCCAACAAGGAUCUACACAAUUCGAUUGCCGGAAAUUUAAAAAAUUUACCAGGAAUGUACCGCAAGUUUCUUUCCAACAUUCGCGAGUUUCGAAAGUUUACUAUUACCAAAAUGAAGAUGACCGCCCAGAAAGAGCUGGCGAAGGAGAAAAUAUUGCACCGAAUGUGGCAAACGAACCAACGCAACAUCAAGGAAAUCGCCCGCAUCGAAGGGCUGCUGGAGGAAAAGGAAAGUUCCUUUCGAAAGGAAAUCGAGGAAAAGCAAACCAUUAUCGAAAAGUAUAGUGCGGAAAUUAAACAUCUGGAGGAGCAAAGUCGGCAGCAAAUAAGUGAAUAUAUUGCCAAUUCGGAUCGAAAAAUGUUUCACUACUUCGAGAGAAGUGAUCAACGGCAUGCCGACCUCAAGCAGGAAGCCAUCCGAAGAAUGAAACAGUAUCAGAACAAUCUCGAGGAAGAUUUACGAGUGGAGAAGGAGAAUCGUCUGAAGAAAGCUAAGUUGACCCAACAGUUGAAGUUGUUGCUCAAUAAGUACGACAAAGAUGCAGGUGAACGGACUAAGGAGCUUAAUCAGCUGGACGAAAUGCUGCUCGAACGGCAGGCUGAUUUCGACGAAUGGAAACGAACCGUUUUUGAUCCACAGGAGAAAAAAUAUUUCGAUGCAAUUGAGGAGAAACGAUUGGAUGAGCUUCGUGCCCAGCAGGAGCUGGUGCGAGCAUUUAUGCAAACUCGAGCAGCCAGAGUAUUGCAGAGGGCCUGGCGUGCCGUUGCGGAACGCAAGCGCAAGAUGCGUGGUCGUCGGGGAGGCCGCCGUGGAAAGGGCAAAAAGUAA